AUGUCCCUGAUUUUUUUAGACUCUGCUUAUUUGUGUUAUGUGGAACAGAUUGCUAUUGAACGACCUGUAGCAAGCGUACGUCCUUCGAUCCUUCGAAGUGGUCAUCGUAAGCGAACUCAUCAGAUGUUACAAACUGAUUCGGCCCCAGUGGUGCCAGCAGCCUCAUCGUCGACUGAUGAGCAUCUUACACGAUUGAAUAUGCCGUCUUUAAGGCAACAACCGGAUCCCAGAGGUGAUGCGUACGUCAAACAACUUGUCAGUAAAAUGUCUGGUCGUUUCGAAUCACUUGUUUCUACACGUAAGGUAUCUGCAACGCAGCAGUCAGACUCUUCGGUUCGUAAGCGUCUUUCAACAAGGAAAGACUGUGACUUGAACGCACUCUGUUGUUGUGUACCAUUAUGUGGACGUUCGUUUGAUUCACUGCAAGUUUUGGCGUGGCAUAUGAGUUACGCACAUCAAGAUGUUAGCAUAUCGCAUUCCCGAAAUACGAUCUGUUAUCUGUGCGGAUAUCAAAUGUUCACUGCGAAGGGCAAAAAUGCUCAUUUAACAACUAAGCAUCGUUUGAUUGCCGAAAGGCAUAAUGCUGAGUGCAUUGAGCAGCGUGGUUCGAUUAUUGCACCGGGUCAGUUGAAUUCACUCGAUGAUUCGUCUUAA